CAGCGCUGGAUUGGAGCAGUGCAUUGUGGGACACGGCAGCUUUCUGUACCGCCGCGGUGCAUGAUGGGCGCAGGGCCGAUUGACAGUCCAAAGUCAUGGCGGCUGUGUGAGUCACUGGCUCUCCCUCCUCUGUUCUUGUGCAGGAAGCCGGCAGGAAGAGCGGCCUGCAAUCCGGCUUUUCCUGUGCGAUAAGCAGGACAAGGGGGGUCAGCAGCCGCCCGAGUAUCCGGAGAGGAGGGAGGGGUGGAAAGGAAGAGCCCAUGGACAAACUGUCGGGUCUGGAGACUGCGCCUGGAGGGGGUGUAGGCGCUGCGGGUGCGGCGGCUGCUGCCAGAAAGCCUCCACGGCCGUCCGCGCCCCCUUCUCUGCCCAUGCCCAGUUCUCGCCAACCCAGCGUAGAGACUUUGGACAGCCCUACUGGAUCACAUGUGGAGUGGUGCAAGCAGCUAAUUGCAGCUACAAUAUCCAGCCAGAUUUCAGGCCCUGUUGCCUCAGAAAAUGUAUCCAGAGAUUACAAAGUUUACAGGAGGCCUGAUCUCAGGGAGAUGCAGGAUGAGCACAAUGGCUUUCUUUCUGAGUCGGAGACUGAGCAGGCCCUGAGAGAUGGAAAUAAGCUGGCACAGAUGGAAGAGGCACCACUAUUUCCUGGCGAGUCUAUCAAGGCAAUUGCUAAGGAGGUCAUGUACAUCUGUCCAUUUUGGGGAGCAGUAAGUGGGACUCUGACAGUCACGGAUUUUAAGAUGUACUUCAAAAAUGUUGAAAGGGACCCUCCUUUUAUCUUGGAUGUUCCGCUUGGUGUUAUAAGCAGAGUGGAGAAGAUUGGUGUGCAGAGCCAAGGAAGCCAUUCUUGCGGCAUAGAGAUUGUGUGCAAGGAUAUGAGAAACUUGCGGCUGGCCUACAAACAGGAAGAGCAGAACAAGUUGGAAAUAUUUGAAAAUCUCAUAAAAUAUGCAUUUCCUCUUUCUAAUGGGCUGCCCAUUUUUCCAUUCAGUUAUAAAGAAAAAUUCUCUGUGAAUGGUUGGAAAGUUUAUGACCCUACAUCAGAAUACAAAAGACAGGGUCUGCCAAAUGAGAGCUGGAAGAUAACAAAGAUUAAUAACACCUAUGAGCUGUGCGACACUUACCCUGCAGUCUUUGUUGUACCAACCAGUGUAGUAGAUGAGGAUUUUGCAAGAGUUGCUGCUUUUAGAGCCAAAGGACGUAUACCGGUUUUGUCAUGGAUUCAUCCAGAGAGCCAGGCCACGAUAACCCGCUGCAGCCAGCCGCUUGUUGGACCAAAUGACAAACGCUGUAAAGAGGAUGAGAAAUACUUGCAGACAAUAAUGGAUGCCAAUGCCCAGUCACACAAACUUAUUAUAUUUGAUGCCAGACAAAACAGUGUUGCCGACACUAACAAGACCAAAGGAGGAGGGUAUGAGAGCGAGAGCGCAUAUCCAAAUGCAGAGCUGAUCUUCCUGGAGAUACAUAACAUUCAUGUGAUGCGGGAGUCCUUGCGCAAACUGAAGGAAAUUGUUUAUCCAGCAAUAGACGAGGCCCGCUGGCUGUCAAAUGUCGAUGGCACACACUGGUUAGAGUACAUAAGGAUGCUGCUUGCUGGAUCAGUGAGAAUAGCGGAUAGGGUUGAAUCCAGUAAAACAUCAGUAGUGGUACAUUGCAGCGACGGAUGGGAUCGGACGGCACAGUUAACCUCUCUGGCCAUGCUAAUGUUGGAUAGCUACUACAGGACCAUUAAAGGAUUUGAGGUGCUCAUAGAGAAAGAGUGGAUAAGCUUUGGCCACAGAUUUGCCAUGAGAGUGGGUCAUGGAGAUGAUAACCAUUCUGAUGCUGAUCGAUCCCCAAUUUUCCUCCAGUUUAUUGACUGUGUCUGGCAAAUGACAAAUCAGUUUCCUGCAGCUUUUGAGUUUAACGAGCUUUUCCUCAUUACAAUACUGGAUCACCUGUAUAGUUGUCUGUUUGGAACGUUUCUGUACAACAGCGAACAGCAAAGAAUGAAAGAGGAAAUCCAAACAAAGACGUUAUCUCUGUGGUCUUACAUUAAUAGCCAUGUGGAUGAGUUCACCAACCCGUUUUAUGUCAAUUAUGAACACCACGUGCUGUAUCCAGUGGCCAGCCUCAGCCACUUAGAACUCUGGGUGAAUUAUUAUGUUAGAUGGAAUCCUCGCACAAGACCUCAGAUGCCAAUUCAUCAGAACCUGAAGGAUCUCCUGGCCAUUCGAGCGGAGCUUCAGAAGAAAGUGGAGGAGCUGCAACGUGAGGCCGCGACAAGAUCCAUCUCCUCCUCCUCUGACCGGGGCUCCUCCCCUUCACAUUCCGCCACCCCAGUGCACACAGCUGUGUAGCCAAGCAGUGAACUUGUGUGAAUGUGAAACCAAGACUGGGUGCACACUGCAAGGUGCCAUCACCUGUCUAUUGGACACACAGCUGUGGGCUGAAAUAGCAGCACCCAAACACUUUCCCAGGGUUCCUUGUGCUGUCAGUGUCACCUUCACGUCACUCACCUGCUGCAAACUGUCCCCAACUAUUGAACAAGGACAUCUCCACUUAGCUGGCAUGUGUAAAUAGCCCAAACAUUGUUUACAUGCUUUUUAUCAUUUUAAUGUUUAUCUUGUGAUCUCCCUCCUCGAGGGGCACUUUAUAUCUGUUACUUUUUUUUUUAUAAGAAUCUGAGAGGGACAAUCUGUAGUUUAACCUUGGGGCCGGGGGGGGGGUUUAUUGAGUCGCUGUUGGUGUUGAGAUGUGCCUAUCUGCAGUUUAAAGGGAUCAAAUUGUAUUUAUCUGGGAAAACCCUACAUAUAGUGAAUGGUUUAGUCCAGUGCAGAGCGGUGCUACCUCCUUAUGAGGUGGGUGGAGCUUUUGGGGGCGUAUUCUCUUUAAAAGAGGUGUGGUGUCUGCCCAGUUUUCUUGAGAUGUCCUUGCUCAAUCCACACCAGUGUGUGUUGCACUAGCAGGAGGGGUAGAACUUUCAUUUCUCAGAGGCAGCCCAUUUAAUAGGAGAGUCCCUGCAGCUGCCAUUUAUAUAUAUAUUUCCAUACGUCUGUACUUAUUCCAAAUGGGACCAUGUCUGUGCUGCACAGGGAGGGGAGUAUUUGGCAGGAAUGUACGACAGGGACAUUGGGCAGCGUGUGGGUGGGGCUAUGUUGGUGUGUUUGCUAGAGGGUUGAACAUAGAUAAUAGUAUUUUGCAAGUAUUUGUUUUAGUGUCUGUGGGGUUUUAAUGCUGUGCUGGCUGAUAGGCUGCACAUAAUAUAUUGUAAAGUAUUUUCUAGUUGUUGUGUAAGUGACAAGGCAGGAUUGGAAAGGGGGACAAUGUGUAGGUUGUGCAGUGUUAUACGGGGGGUAGGACAGAAAACUGGGCAUAUGUAUUGGGUGUUUAUGCAGAGGCUUCAUACAUCGGAAGGAGCCAUUGUGUGAUUGUAGCCAGCCAUCAGCCAUCUCUCUCAGGUUAUUGUAUCUAUUGCAUGACAUGAGCCAUUGUACUUUUCCCAGUAUCUAGCACAGGGAUCCGCAACCUUUAGAACCCAUGAGCAACAUUCAGAAGUAAAAGGAGUUGGGGACAACAAUAGCAUGAAAAAUGUUCUUGGGCUGCCUAAUAGGUGCUGUGAUUGUCCCUCUAUGUGGAUUGUCAACCUAUAUUGAGGCUCUGGUUGGCAGUACAGCUGUUUUUUAUACAACCAAAACUUGCCUCCAAGCCUGAAAUUCAAAAAUAAGCUCUUGCUUUGAGGCCACUGGGAGCAACAUCCAAGGGGUUGGAGAGCAACAUGUUACUCAUGACCUACUGGUUGGGGAUCACUGAUCUAGCGCCACACAAAAUGCUUUCCUGAUCAAGUCUGGGGUCCAACACAGCAUGAAAGAGACUAGUGUUUCCCCUCUUGUUUAUUGGAGGCUUUGAGUGCAAAGAAGAACUCAUGGGUGAUGUGAGUGGUGAUUGGCUACUGGGUAUUUGUGUGAAUACUGCAACUUCAUGUGCACAGGUAUUUAAAUAUCUAUAUAUUUCUCCAUUAAUGGAGACUGUGCUAACGCUGGACAACAUCGUGCAUCAAUGUAAAGGCUUUAUUAUACACCAACUCCAUUGCUGUUGCUCGUAGAUACUAUUAGACAUCCUUCUAUGCACGAGCUGCAACCGACAAAAUAUGUGCCGUAUCAGUGCAAAAAUGUUAUGUCGGCGGGAUGCAUAUGGCAAUAUACAGUUACUAUAUAUAUUUAUUGGAAGAGAUACCGGCACUCGCCAUAUUCUAGCCAAAUCUCGGGUGCUUCCCAAUUCAUAGGCGAAAAUACUGGAGACAUUUUGGUCAGCACAAAGUGUUGCACUGGUAUUGAAAAAGAAAGCGUACUGGCCCUUUAACUGAUGACUAGUUACAGGUGGGAGGCGUUGCUAUAUGAGGAUGGGGCAGAAGGGGCUGGGAAGUUGCUUGUCUCCCACCCCAAAACUAUGGAUAUGGGGUGCCCCAUUGUUAUGAGAUGGGUAGUAACCCUAAUACUGACCCCUCAAUAACAGACCCGUUCCCUUUAAACUGAUCAUUGUGCUGCUCUUGUAACGUGUGAAUGAUGAAUAGGGGCGGAGCUAGAAAAGAUGAUUUCCCGCUCUAUUCCCUGGAUUGUGUGUCUUCCUGUAAGUGAUGAGGUCACUGUCCCACCUGAAUCCUCUGUCACUGGUCACCAUGAAAUGUGCCCUCACUCCUCAGAGACUUCACUGUAAUUGCCACUGACAUUCCUUGGGGUUGUGCUCCAGCUGCUCUUCUUUUCUAAUGACAUUUUACUCAUUAGCUGCUGUCAAAUUGGUCAUCUUAACCGUUUCACCUGCAGCAGGGGGGAGGGGUUAUUGCUAGGCAACAAGUCCCACAAUCCAUCAGAUCACAAUAGAACAAAGGGAGGGGGAAUGGUUUGUACCAGUGUCAGUAUGUGGACUCCUUUAUAUCUGUGUAAAAAAGCUACAUUUAUAUUUCUUUUUGGCAGUACAGAUUUAGUGUUUGUUCACCUUUUCUACGUAAGCCCAAUGGAAUGAGUCUGCUGGGAGGUAUAUUUUCCUUUGUUUUCACUAGGGAGCAGCUAGAGAUUCCACUUCAUCCCUGUAAUCACCCCUUUCCCUUCCAGUUAAAUGGAGCUCACUAGCCAUUGACCUACUCGGUAGCUUGAAAUUAAAGGGGUGGUUCACCUUUGCAGUAACUUUUAGUAGGUUAUAGAAUGGCUAAUUUGAAGCGACUUUUCAAUUGGCCAUCAUUUUUUCUUUUGUAUAGUUUUUGAGUUAUUUGCCUUCUUCUGAUUCUUUCCAGCUUUAAAAUGGGGGUUACAGACCAAUGCUCUGUAAGGCUACACAUUUAUUGUGUUAUUGCUACUUUUUGUUACUCAUCUUUCUUUUCCGCUUCUCUCCCAUUCAUAUUCCAGUCUUUUUUUCAAAUCAAUGCAUGGUUGCUAGGAUAAUUUGGACCCUAGCAACCAGAUGGCUGAAAUUGCAAACUGGAGAGCUGCUGAAUAAAAAGCUAAAUCAACAGAAAUAAUAAAAAAUAAAAACCAAUUGCAAAUUGUCUGAGAAUAUCACACUCUACAUCAUACUUAAAGUUAAUUUAAAGGUGAACAACCCCUUUAAGUUUUCUGUAGAAUGCCAGAUUUCUAGCAACUGCAAUUGGUCUUCAUUAUUGUUUAAGGAGUAUUUGCCUUACUCUUUUUUUUUUUUUUUUUUUUUAUUACCGAUCUUUCUAUUCAGGCCUUCUCCUAUUGUAUGUCAUUCACACCACUGCCUGGUUGCUUGGGUAUAUAAGACUAUAGCAACAGCUGCUGAAAUACUAAAUUGGAGAGCUGCUGAACAAAAAGCUAAAUAACUGAAAACCCAUUAAAAAAGGAAGACCAAUUGCAAAUUGUCUGAGUAUCAAUGUCUGUAUAAUACUAAAAGUGAAUUUGAAGUUGAGCAAUGAUAUAAAAUAUGGAAACAUCGGUUCUACAUUAUCGGCAAGCAAAUGGAGGGUCUCUGGCAAAAGCCCAUAUACAGUAAGUGUGUUGCAUUUAUGCUUAGAAAUCGGUGUAGUCUGCAGCAUACGUCUAUAUUAGGGAUGCACCGAAUUCGGGAUUCGGCCUUUUUGAGCAGUCCAUCUACCCGGCCGAACCAAAUCCUAAUUUGCAUAUGCAAAUUAGGGCCUGGGAGGGAAAUCGUGUGACUUUUUGUCAUAAAACAAGGAGUUAAAAAAUGUUCCCCCUUCCCACCCCUAAUUGCAUAUGCAAAUUAGGAUUUGUUUCGGUAUUCGGCCGAAUCUUUUGCUGAGGAUUCAGGGGUUCAGCCUAAUCCAAAAUAGUGGAUUCGGUGCAUUCCUAAUCUAUAUCAAGUGCUCAUUAGCUGUGGUUUACUAACAUUGGCGAUAAAUAUCUCCUGAGAUUUCUGGACAUGUUGCCCAUAGCAACCAAUCAGAUCUUUGCUUUUGUUUCUGACUUGUAGGUGACUGUUUAAAGCGAAUUGCUGUUUGGUUGCUAUGGGAAACAUCUCCAGAGAUACAGUAGAUAUCUCCAAUCUUAGUAAUGGAAUGUAAACAAGAACUAAUGCAGAGAGUCCUCCCCUCUAUAGGAAGACUGUAUAAUAAUAGUCGCCUGGCUCCCCGUGUAUGGCUUCUCUAUGUGCCUUUAUUUUAGGAGCAUAGUCACUUCCCGGCCGUUUAUUCCAGGAUGAGUGUCCCGUUAUGAAGUCCUUCCAUGGGAUAUGUACCGUUGCCCCACACGUGGAGUAUAUAAUUGGUCACAUGUAGACACGUUACACGCCCGCUAUACGGAUGCUGCUGUGCAUUUAUUUUUGUACAUGGAAGAGUAUUUAUAGCUGUUACAUAUCUGUAAGCACAAAGAUGUUUACUCCAGUGUAUAUACUGUAAAGUGAAUCUGUAGUGACUUCUUUUCUGACAUUCAGGUAUAUAUCUGUUCAAAAGUGCUGAAAUAAAAGCCUUUUUAUUAUA